CCUUUACGGCGUAUUUUACCAUAUUAUGAACCAAGGUUUGGUCUUGAAGAUUCACACUUUGAGAGAAUGAAUCUGACGGUUGAGAAACACUCAAUUCCUUUGAGUGAUGGGAACAGCAUUCCUUUGAUAGGACUGGGGACUUACGGGGAUCCCCGCAAGACCCCUAAAGGAACUGCGUAUGAAUCGGUCAAAGUGGCUAUUGAAACAGGGUACAGACACCUUGAUGGGGCUUUGGUCUAUUUUAAUGAACAUGAGGUGGGACAAGCAAUAAGGGAAAAAAUUGCAGAUGGAACUGUGACGAGAGAAGACAUCUUUUACUGUGGAAAGUUAUGGAACACAUUCCAUCCCCCAGAAUUGGUACGUCCUGCUUUGGAGAAAACCUUGAAGACAUUACAGCUGGAUUAUGUCGACCUCUAUAUUGUAGAAAUGCCCACUGCCUUUAAGCCAGGAGACACAUUCUACCCCAGAGACGAGAAUGGGAAGUACAUUUAUCACGAGACAGACCUCUGUGCUACAUGGGAGGCUUUGGAGGCUUGCAAAGACGCUGGGCUUGUAAAAUCUCUUGGAGUAUCCAACUUCAACAAGCGACAGCUGGAGCUGAUUCUUAACAAACCUGGGCUGAAACACAAGCCUGUCUCAAACCAGGUUGAAUGCCAUCCCUAUUUCACUCAGCCAAAGCUGCUGGAAUACUGCCGGCAGAAUGAUAUUGUCAUUGUGGGAUACAGCCCCUUGGGGACAUCCAGAGAUGCAUCCUGGGUAAACCUAACAUGCCCCCCACUGCUGGAAGAUGAGCUGCUGGUAUCAGUUGCUAAAAAGUAUAACAAGACCACAGCCCAGGUGGCCCUCAGGUUCAAUGUGCAGAGAGGAGUGGUGGUCAUCCCAAAGAGCUUCAACCCAGCUCGCAUAAAGGAGAACUUUCAGAUAUUCGACUUCUCUCUUUCUGAAGCUGAAAUGAAGGCGAUUGAGGAGCUGAACAAGAAUAUUCGUUUUGUGGAGCUCCUCAUGUGGUCUGAUCAUCCAGAGUAUCCAUUUCAUGAUGAGUACUAGACACCACAGAUGUCAAGACUUCUUUUAAAUUUGAUCAAAAUAAUUUGAUUUGUGUUCACUUUAUUGCUUUUACAACAUUUUGUUUGACUGUUUUUUACAAUUUACGAUUUUGAGAGCAUUUUUGUUGUACAUUUAACGAAAUAUUUCUGAUUUAUAAUUUACUGCAAGUUUGAUCAACAUGACUUUUAUAUAGCAAGAAAUUUGAUUAUUUAUACAGUCAUUAUAUUUCAGACCAGUUCAUUUAUAUUUUUUAUUUUGGUUUUUAAUUUUAAUAGUACUUGUGCUUUAUUUUUAAAAAAUAAUUUUGCAAUAUAACCAUCUGUAACUGAUUAAAAGGCAAAUGGAAAACCGUG